CGCAGCCUCAUAUAAUGGAAGAAUGACCAAAACAAAGUCCUGUCUUCUUCAAUUUCUUGUACUGUUUUUUUUUGCAUAGCGUGUCUGCAAUUAUUAUUAUUAAUGUGAACAUUGAAUUUUGUCCUUCAAAGACUUCCAUAAGACUAUCAAGACUGCCUACUUGGGGAUCCAUACCAUUUCACAUCUUUGUGAUAUUGAGCCAGCAAAAAAAAAAAAAAAAAAAAAAAAAAUUGCCCCCCCAGAAUAGCAAUUUCACAUGCUUUUGUUUCUGCUAUUUUGAGGCUCUGAUUUUGGUUUUGGUUUCACCUGAAGCAGCUUUUGAAUUGAUAUCAUAGACAGAAGGUCAUUGUUGCAUCCUAAAGUUAUGACUUGCUUUCCUUUAUUCUGUAGAAAAAGUCAGCCAUCAACUAGGCAUGCAUCCGAAUUUGAUGGUGAGCUCUCUGGCGUCAAGAAUGUCACUCUUUUCUCCUAUAAGCAGUUAAGAAUUGCCACAGAUGAUUUUAGUCCGGUCAAUAAAAUUGGAGAAGGUGGAUUUGGUUCUGUUUAUAAGGGAAGGCUAAAAAGUGGAAAGAUGGCUGCUAUAAAGGUUCUUUCAAGUGAAUCAAAGCAGGGUGUUAGGGAGUUCUUGACAGAAAUUAAAGUGAUAUCAGACGUUGAACAUGAAAAUUUAGUCAAACUCUAUGGCUGUUGUAUAGAAGACGAUCACAGGAUAUUGAUCUACAACUAUCUUGAAAAUAACAGCCUUGCUCAAACCCUUCUCGGUGGAGGACACAGUAGUAUCCAGUUCAGUUGGCGAACACGGACUAAAAUUUGCAUUGGAGUUGCAAAGGGGCUAGCUUAUCUCCAUGAACAAGUGAAGCCACAUAUAAUUCACCGUGAUAUCAAAGCGAGUAAUAUUCUCCUUGACAAGGACUUGACACCCAAGAUUUCAGAUUUUGGCCUGGCAAAGCUCAUUCCCCCCAACGCCACUCAUGUUAGUACACGCGUCGCAGGAACCAUUGGUUAUUUGGCACCAGAGUAUGCAAUUAGAGGCCAGGCAACACGCAAAUCAGAUGUUUACAGUUAUGGUGUUCUUCUGAUAGAAAUCGUGACUGGAAGAUGCAACACAAACUCACGUUUACCUGUUGAAGAACAAUAUCUCCUUGAAAGGACAUGGCAGCUUUUUGAAAGAAAGGAGCUGGUUUUGUUAGUAGACACAUCACUAGAUGGGCAUUUUGAUGCUGAACAGGCCUGCAAGUUCUUGAAAAUCGGGCUCCUCUGCACUCAAGAUGCCUUAAAGCUUCGGCCAUCCAUGUCGACUAUUCUCAAGAUGUUAACCGGUGAGAUGGAGGUUGAUGACAAUAAGAUAACAAAACCAGGCUUGAUCUCUGAUUUCAUGGAUCUCAAGAUUAAAAACGUCCCUAAAGAUCGUCCUGAACACAUUAACGCAGUAUAUGAUUAUGUGUUAUCUACGGACAAUACAACAACUUUGCCAUCCACGAGUUCUUCACAAGGUAACUCGACGUUCACAACUGCUGCAUAUGAUCAAAGCAUUUGAGCUAAAUUUUGGAGUGGAGGGAAGAAAAUAGUUUGUAUUUGGUUGAAUAUUACAUUCAACUUUGUAAUAUUCUUUCUUUUUUGGGGUAUCUUGGGUUGAUCAGCAUCUGUAAAUUGUUCAAAUGUUUUAUUGAAGUUGUUAGAUAUAGUGUAUGUUGUAAAUUUGAGGUGUUGAAUUCGAGAAAUGUAAUUCUCUUCGGACCUCUUCCAUGAUAUAGAAUUUUUUAGUGUAUCGAAAUGCUUUUUGUAAUUCAAAUGGAAAGUAAUUAAUAAACGCAGAACCCCUCUUGUUA